AUGCCGUCGUCCCACACGCUUGAUUUCAUUGUGUGUUGCCAUCUAUCCACCAGCGUGGCAUCGAUGGUCACGGCAAUGAAGGACCUGCACCGACUGCUGAAGCCGGGAGGCACCAUCAUCCUCCUAGAGCCUCGGCAGGAGAGCCCGACAGCGAUGGCGCUGUACGGAACAUGCCCAUCGUGGUGGAGGCACGGCGCCGUCGACAGAACGACGAAGGAUGACGCGGGGCCCCGUAACUGGCACAGCUGUCUUGAAGAAACGGGGUUCGUGGACAUUGUCGACAUGCCAUACAUCAGCCCGGCUACUGCUGAUGCGGAAGAAGACGUCGGAGAUCCGGCUGUGCACUUGCUUCUGAUCGCCAAGUCACCACAGCAAGCAUCGGUAUCACCCGAGAGGUCACCACCCGUCCCAAUCCUCCUAAUCCGUGGUGAUACUACCCGGGAGAUCCAGGGAAACCCCUCCCUGAGCGGCCUUGCGGCUCUUCUCCGCGGUUUCGGGCACCAAGUGACGACGACGUCCACCCUGGAAGAUGCAGAUCCGGCGGGCAAGAUCAAUCCAACGGAGGAGGAGUUCCGGGCGUUGCAGGACCUGUUCCUGAAGUCUCGAGGCGUGUUGUUUAUCAUCCGGGGGACGAGGUCGUACAGUCCGGUCCUGAACAUGGUCGUAGGCAUGAUCCGAACGGUGCGGUCCGAGAUUGGCGAGUCCAGGCUCCUCGUGCUCGACGUCGAAGACAAGGCGGACCGCACGAUUUCGGACCCGGACGUUGUCAAGGCCGUUGGAGCGCUUUUUGAGCGAGAGUUCCUGGCCGGCAAUGUUGCUUCCCCAUCCGCCACUGGGGCCUCCGAUACCGAGUUCAGACUGUGGUACGGCCGACUGAUGGUACCCAGACUGAUCCCGGACAAGGCGGCGAGCCGUGACGUGAUGGCGGCCUCCGAGGGCCAGGACAACGGGACGCCGACGCCUCAGGAGGAGGUAUGGACGCAGCCCGGGCGGCUGCUGAGGGCCGAGAUCAGCACGCCCGGCCUCCUUGACACGAUCCACUUCGUCAACGACAACCACCACCCCGACGCGGGGCUGGCGGCAAACUCGGUGGAGAUCGAGGUCAAGGCCGUAGGGCUGAACUCCAGGGACGUCAUGAUGGCCAUGGGCCAGACCGAAUUGGAAGCCCUCGGCGCCGAGGCCAGCGGUGUCGUCACGGCCGUGGGAGACGGGAUGCACGAGAGGUUCGCCGUGGGUGAUCGCGUUGCCUGUCUUCACCUAGGGACGAUUCGAAGCUUCGUACGGGGUGAUUCGCGCUUCGUACAAAAGCUGCCGCCUGACAUGGGCUUCGAUACGGGUGCCGCUUUACCUGGUGCGUACACCACCUCCAAACAUUAUUGUUGUUUCUGCUGCUGCUGCUGUUAUUGUUCUCGUCUUGCUGACCACCAAUGUCCAUUGCCGCUUCUUUGA